AACAUGUGAUUUUUGUAUAAUUUCUCAAUAAUAAAAUGAUGUUAUUCAAUCGUCAAUUUUAUCGUUUUUUAUUGAAUCAAAAUAAUAAAAAAAUCAUUCAUAAAUUAUCUAGUCGAUCGGUAAAUCUUUUGGUACCUGAUCUUGAGGAUGAGCGCCAAUUACGAAGAGUUCAAACAAGAGAAAAUUUCGAUGAAGUUUAUUCACAACUGAAACUUCCAUUUAAACUUAGCCAUUAUCCGGAAAUUAGUCGUGAAUUUAUUCGUCAACGAUUGGAUGAACAUCCACAAGGAUACGAACCAAUUGAAUUGGAAAAAUAUUCCGAAUUAUGGCUUCGAGAACAAGAUGUUGAUGGUCAACAAACGAUACGAAAAGAUGUCGAAAUGAUUCUAAUGUAUUAUAAUGAUGUUUUACGAUAUUCAUUGUUUGCUCCAUCAACAAUUCCAUUUGAUGAUAUGGAAAAAAUGCUAAAUGAAUACCAAGGCCACGGAUCAAGAUUACGUUAUGUAAAUUUUAUUUUUAUCCGAGAAUUCGAUAGUUAUCGUCGUCUAAAAGAAGCUGAGGAAAAAUCUCGAUUAAAACGUUUGGCUGAACAGGAAGAUUAUUUCGAAGAUAUCGGUUGUUUCGAUACGAAAACAAAUCAAUUACAAUAUGGUCAUUUUCGUAAUUCUUUAUUUACAAAGUAUUUUCAAAUGGCACGUCAUCGUCAAACAAUUCAAUCAUUACGUCGUGCACAAUCAUUCGGACAACCAUUAAUAAUCGAUUGUGGACUUGAACGUUUGAUGGCACAUUAUGAGAUAUUAUCCUGUGUACGGCAAAUAUCUCGAAUUUAUCAUCUGAAUCGUUAUAGUUUGAAUCCAUUCAAAUUAUUAUUCACUGAAUAUGAUCGUAAUCAUAAUCGUACAUAUGAAUCAUUGGAAAAAAAUAUGCAUCAAUUUAUUGAUAAACCAGAAUUUUGUUUCAAUUUACAUCAAGAAUCAUAUCAACAAUUAUUGCCAAAUGAACGAUUCAUUUAUCUAAGUCCAGAUGCACGUAAAGUUAUGCAAGAAUUCGAUCCAGAUGCUUGUUAUAUAAUCGGCGCAUUAGUAUCGAAAACACAAAAAUCAACAUUAACAUUGGAUAGAGCUAAUGAACAAGGAUUAGAAUGUUUACGUUUGCCGAUCCAUCAGUAUGUUCGUCUGAAACCAAUGGUUAAACGAAUACUCAGUUUUCGUGGUACGUUUGAAAUUCUUUUACACUUGAAACACGGUGCUACAUGGGAACAGGCACUGCGUCGUUCAAUUCAACCGCAUAAAUUGAUUGAUUGAAGGCCUAUUAAAAUUUUGAAAAAAAAUGUAAAAAAAUUAAUAAACGAUACAAUCA